AUGGCCCGUAGAAGCAGUAAUCCAGCACCGAGGCGCGUGUCUGCUGCGCGUCGAGCGCCGGUUGUCACGCCGCUCCUCGCGCUGCUGCUGCUCUCGUCCUUCGCUCACCUGUCCCUCGCCAUCACUUGCGACUCGGAUCAAAACAUGUGGUACUGCGCGUCGGGCGAUGAGUGCGUGAGCGGCGACCAGCUGUGCGACGGCACGGCGGAUUGCGGCGACGAGAGCGACGAGCAGCCGUGGGAAUGCGGGGGAUACGAGGACGGCUGUCCGCCUGAGAUGACGUCCUGCCCUCUCACAUCCAUCGCAAAUGCUCCCUGGUGCUUCGACCCUGCAGCAGCAUGCGACGGCACGGCUGACUGCCCGUACGGCGCUGACGAGUGGCCGGGCUUCUGUGUCGACCUCAAGAGUACCUCCGACUGCCCGUUGACUCCGAAGCAAGUGCUCUGCCCCGGAAAACAAGCCUGCGUGACAGGUAUGGUAUGCGACGGCGUGGCAAACUGCGGUGCGGUGGCGGCCGAAGGGGGAGGGACGGUCGUUCCGGACGAAGAUCAGGAUUACUGCUCGGUGUACGAGUGUUCAGAGGGGUACUGGAAGUGUUCCGAUGGGGUGCAGUGCAUAGAUGAAACGCUCAAGUGUAACGGCAAGGCGGAUUGCAGGGACGGGAGCGAUGAGAAGGGCUGCGGCAGUGGCAGUACGACUCCCCCACCAGUUGUAACGACUCCACCUCAAGAUGUAACCACCCCUCCUAAAGAUGCAACCGGUGGAGGGGCUACAGGGGGCACGUCUGGUGGGACAUCUGGAGAUGAAACGAGUGGAGAUGGGACGGGAGAUGAAACGGGAGAUGAAACCAGCGGGGAUGGUGGGGAAGAGGGAACGGGGGAUGAAACGAGUGGAGAUGAAACUGAGGGUGGUGAUCGUGCUGCUGACGGUACGGGAGGAGAUGAAACUGACACGAGUGGUACGACGGACGAAGCGGAAGGGGGGAACACAGUUGGUGUGGGAGAGGGAGGACAAGGCGGAACAGGAGGGGGAGGGGGAGUUGGGGGGGAAGGAAAAGGCCAAGGGAAAGGAGCAGACAAACCGCCACCAUCUCUAGACCACCCUCCUGCCAAGAAGAUCCUUCCUGUCAUCCCUCCUGUCCCAGGGUCGAUUGGAAAGGCUCUUGGGGGUGCGAGCAGCUCAGUCAGCAAUGCAGCCCAAGGUGCAGCUAAGAAGAUUGGAGAGGUUACAGCAGGAAUGAAGAAGCUUAUAACGGAGCGCAAUGCGAAGAAACCCAAGCAGCCAGGUUCAGGAUCGGGUGGGAAUGCUGGGACUGGAGCAGGCGGCGCUGCAGGUGAUUCUUCAGGUGGAAACGCAGGUGGAGCUGGUGCUGACCCGGUACACACCACACCUGAAUCUAGCUCUACUCCCAAAACCCCUAGCGCCACUGGGGGAACAGGAGGCAGCAGCAGCAGCAGUGGCAGUGGGACUGUGAAGGCUCCACUGGUGGGGGGGUUGGUGGGGGAGGUGGUAUCUAAGGCAGGAAAACAGUUAGAUGCAGUGAGGAAUGCGGUGAAUGCAGCAAGUAAGAAAGGGGUGGAGCUGGGGAGGAAGGGGAAGUCAGGCGGUGGGGGGUUGGCAAGAGGAGGGGUUAUGAAACCUGUUACCGGAGUCAAGGGAGCUAUCCAGGGUGCUGCUCAGUUGAAGAAGUUGCAGCAGAAGGCUUCUGCGGGUUCAGGUGCUGCAUCAGGUGUCGUCUUGAGUGGGAAGGGCAAGAGGAAUAAGCAGAGUAAGGAGAAGAAAGGAAAGAAGAAGGAUGUGAAGAAAGGGGGACAGAAGCAGAAGGCAAAGAACCACCAGAGGUCAAGGAAAGGUUGA